GACAGUUCUGUAGUCUGGUUAUAACCAGACUGCAGGCUCGAUUGGGUUCGUCCGGUUGAUUUUAACGGAGUCAAUACAAACAUGGCCACUUCAGAGGGAAAUAAACUGUGGGGAGGUCGUUUUGUGGGAGACAUCGAUCCGAUCAUGGAGAAGUUUAAUGCAUCUAUCGCUUAUGACCAGAGGAUGUGGGAUGCUGAUGUAAGAGGGAGCAAAGCUUAUGUGAAAGCUCUAGAGAGGGCGAAGCUGGUCUCUACUGAUGAGAUGAACCAGAUCUUACACGGAAUGGAUCAGAUUUCAGAGGAGUGGUCCAAAGGUGUUUUUGUUAUCAAACCGGGAGACGAAGACGUUCACACUGCUAAUGAGCGCAGGCUAAAGGAGCUGAUUGGUUCACCCGCGGGGAAGCUGCACACCGGCAGGAGCAGGAACGACCAGGUGGUGACUGACAUGAGGCUGUGGCUGAGAGAUGCCAUCACGACCCUCACAGAAAAUGCCCUACAGCUCGUGUCUACCAUGGUGGAGCGAGCAGCAGUGGAAAUUGACGUCCUAUUUCCGGGUUACACUCACAUGCAAAGAGCUCAGCCAAUAAGAUGGAGCCACUGGAUUCUAAGUCACGCUGUCGCUCUGAGCAGAGAUGUGGACCGGCUUCAGGAAAUCAAGAAAAGAGUUAAUGUUUUACCCCUUGGCAGUGGUGCCAUCGCUGGAACACCAUUCAACAUAGACAGGGAGCUGCUGCAGAAAGAGUUGGCGUUUGAGGACAUCAGUCUGAACAGUAUGGAUGCAACAGGCCAACGAGACUUUGUUGCCGAGUUCUUGUUCUGGGCUUCUCUGUGUGUGACUCACCUCAGUAAAAUGGCUGAGGAUCUGCUGCUGUACAGCACAAAGGAGUUUUCCUUCAUCACACUGUCCGACGCCUACAGCACAGGCAGCAGUCUGAUGCCCCAGAAGAAGAAUGCUGACAGUCUGGAGCUCAUCAGGAGCAAAGCAGGUCGCGUCUUUGGCCGAUGUUCAGGUUUCAUGAUGACAAUGAAGGGCCUGCCCAGCACCUACAACAAAGACCUGCAGGAAGAUAAAGAGGCCAUGUUUGACUGCUUCGACACGGUUCAUGCUGUGCUGCAAGUGACGUCCGGGGUCAUGUCAACUCUGCAGAUCAACCAGAGUGUGAUGGAAGCGGCUCUCAGUCCUGACAUGUUGGCGACUGAUCUGGCCUACUACCUCGUCAGGAAAGGGAUGCCUUUCAGAGAAGCCCACGGUGUCUCCGGUAAAGCUGUGUUUAUGGCUGAAUCCAAAAACGUGACACUGAAUCAUCUCACCGUGGAAGACCUGAGUGCCCUGAGCCCGCUGUUUGGCAGUGACGUGUCGUCAGUGUGGGACUACAGGAGCAGCGUGGAGCAGUACAGCGCCCCUGGAGGCACAGCCAAGAGUAGCAUCGCUGCACAGGUGGAGCACCUGAGGAAGUGGCUUAAGAAACAGACACAUUGACCUUGGCCCAAAAAUGAAGAAUCAGGUUUACUGCCACAUUUCAUCUCCUUCCUUACUCAAUCACACGCCUGAACCACAUUCAGUGAUUUUUAGGGACUUCUAUUUUAUAUUUAGAAUUUGAAUGCACGUUACAGACUUAUAGCAGAAUUUUUGGCUCUGACUUUGUCGUAUGUCUGUCUUCUGUCUGCGAUUGUCAGAAUGGAAAAUGUAAACGGACAAUAAAGUAUUAUCUUAUCUUAAUGAACGGUCAAAUUUAAGGUCAAAAUAACCUGUCCAGGGUGUAGAAUCUCAAUCUCAUCAGUUAUGAAGGAGCCUGUUCUUUGGGGUCAGAUUGAAGUGACUUGAUUUCCCAUGAAUUGACUCAACACCCUCCCAUGUUUCACACGGUCACACGCAAACAAUGAAAUCAAGACCAGACUGAUGUAAAAUAGGGGACACAAAAGCAAACAAUAAAGACCACUUGUGUUUUUCCAGCCUAA